UCCGGUGCGGGAAUUUAAAUAUGGCGGGUUUGAAAACACAAAAUGCAAUAACAUUGAAAGGAUCUACAAAACUUGUUACUGAAUUCUUCAAUUAUGGAAUAAACAGUAUAUUAUAUCAAAGGGGUAUUUAUCCUCCAGAAUCUUUUACCAGAGUUCAAGAUUAUGGUCUGACACUACUAGUAUCAACAGAUGAACAAUUAAAAGAAUACAUUGAUAAUGUUAUUAGUCAAAUUAGAGAAUGGUUGAUGAAUAUGACAGUGCAAAAACUAGUUGUUGUUGUUAAAAGUGUUCAUACAAAUGAAGUUAUGGAAAGAUGGCAAUUUGAUAUUGAAUGUGACAAAACAGUUACAGCUGAUACGAAAAGAAAUAAAUCUGAAAAGGAAAUAAAAGAAGGAAUUAAGUCAGUUAUACGACAGAUAACAGCUUCGGUUACAUUUUUACCUCUUCUUGAAACAGCGUGUUCAUUUGAUAUAUUGGUUUACACAGAUAAAGAUUUAGAUGUACCUGAGAGUUGGGGAGAAUCCGGACCUCAUUUUGUUGUCAACUCAGAUGAAGUUCGAUUACGUUCAUUUACUACGACAAUACACAAAGUAGAUGCAAUGGUUACGUAUAAAAAAACUGAUUGAAGCAUUAAUAUGUGAAAUGAAUUGCUUUGCAAUCCCAGAAUUGUUUUUCAUGCUCCAGAUAUGAAUCUUUAAAGUGUUGAAAAUAUUGAAUGAAAUUGUAGUAAAUAUGAGGUUCAGAUGAAUUUCAAAAGGAGCAAUGUGAGAAAAGUUGAGAACAUGUGAUCAGUGCUCAUUACUUUUAUUACCUCCACUUAUAAUUGUGUAAACUACAAAAAUAUACCAUGCACUUUACCUGGCAAAAAUUCCUUGGAAUUACCUUUACUUUUCCUAUGUAUUGUUGCAAUAUGAAUAUACACAUCUACAUUUAUGUUUGCUAAUUUUGUCUUUAUUUCUCAGCUUCUAUGUUUUCUUGAGAUUUAAUUUGACACCAUAUUUUUAUUUGUGAACA